AUCAAAAAUGCUGUCCCGCAGACUGGUGAGAAACUUUAUGACAUCGGCCAUCAGGAGAUCCGGUGAUGACAAUCACGGUGGAGUUCCUGGAGCUAAUCUGCCAUUCGAUAUCCGCAACAGAUAUAAGUUGACUGCUUAUUUCAUUCUCUACUUCGGAAGUGGAAUCGCCAUUCCUUACCUCAUCGUUCGCCACCAGCUGCUGAAGUCGUAAAUGUCAGCAGGGUUGGGUCCAUUAUUGUGACCUAGUCACGCCAGGCAUAGUGAUUACCCAGAAGCGUCAUGAACGUAUUUUGAAUGGUAUUUUGUAUAUAUCCGAAAUUACGAAUAAAAUAAUAGUGUCAGACUAA